AUGUGGCACCUCUACUACCCCCUCCUCGCCCUAGCAGCCUACAUCUUCUACACCCGCUUCCUGCACCCGCUUUCCCGCGUCCCUGGCCCUUUCCUCGCAAGCCUGGCACCCCUCUGGCUCGCAUGGCAAUGCAUGCACACCCGCCGCCCUCGCCUGGACCUAGAUCUCCACAAGAGAUACGGAAGCGUCGUCCGUAUCACGCCGGACGAGGUUAUCUUCUCGAGCCCGGAGUAUUUCAAGACCGUGUAUGGGGCGGGGACGAAGUAUGUCAAAAGUAGGUAUUAUGAGGCGCCUGUGGGGAUGCCGCAGAAGGAGGGCUGGGACAAGUUGGAUUUGCUUGUCGAGACUGAUGUUGAGAAAUUGAGGGUACAGAAACGUACCGCAGGCCCGAUCUACUCAACAGCCAACGUCAAGAAGCACGAAGGCCUAAUCAACAACAACAUCGCCCGCUGGCUUCAACGCCUCAAAGGCCUCGCUGGCAAACCCUUGCAUCUCUAUCAUGAAAUCGAGUUGUUGAACGUGGACACCGUGUGCGAGGUGACUUUCAAGAAGCCCUUCGGCGCCGUCGAGGCGGGGAGUGAUGGUGGGCACAUGGAGAGUAUAUGGGCACAUUGGGAGCACGUAGGCUGGCUAGGUUUCCUCCCCUGGCUCAACACCGUGGAAAAGAAGCUCAUGCCCUGGAUGGCGUCCCUCCUCCCCGCGCCCAAAGUCCCCGUCUUCUAUUUCGCCCGAAACCAGAUAGACUCGCACCAGAAAGCCCGCGAUGCCGGCGGCCAGGAGGAGUUACCAGAAUGUAUGCACACCGACUUCCACCGUCUCGCAAAAGAAAAGCCCGACUUCCGCGCGAACUGGGGCAGCCAGCUCUCCAAGACCAACAUAGGCGCCGGCAUCGACACGAUGAGCCAAACCAUGUCCGCCGUAAUCAUUGGCGUCUGCCAAACGCCGUCCGCCUACGCCCAGCUCAGAGCGGAACUAGACACCGCCGUAACCUCAGGCCUCAUAACCAAAGGCGACGAGCCGGUAUCGUACGACGCCGCAGCUGGCCUCCUGUACUUGCAGGCCUGCAUGCACGAAGCCAUGCGCCUCUGGCCAAACGUCGCCAUUGCUCUCCCGCGCACCGUGCCGAGGGGAGGGGUAGAGAUUGACGGGUAUUAUAUUCCCGAGGGGUACACCGUGGGAAUGAACCCCCGGCAGCUGGGCCGCAACGAGGAAGUCUUUGGUGCCGAGACGGAUAGCUUUAGGCCGGAGAGGUGGUUGGAGGCGAGUAAGGAGAGGAGAAAUGAUAUGCAGGGCAGGAAUCUGGCUUUCGGCGGUCCCAGCCGCAGAUGCCCGGGCAUGCACCUCGCUUGGUUCGUCUGCUCGAAGACGCUCGCCAGCUUGUUCCUGAACUUCGACCUCAAGGUGCUGAAUGAGCUGGACGGGCCGCCGGGCCCAGGGGGUGGGAAGUGGGUUGAGCAAGGUGCUUUUCCGACGAGGUGGCAUGGCUGGGAGGUCGAAGUGACGCCGAGAUGA